AAUUAUAAAUGUCUCAUCUGAAUCUACUGAUCCAAUUACUGAGUGCUGCAAUUUUUCAAAAAUAGUAUGGUUAAAAAGUGCACAGUUUUAUUCCGUUCGUUUAAAUCUUUGUUUUCGAUUUCUAAAAGUAACAAUAUGAAUCAAAAUAAGUGCUAUUUUAGGUAUAUUAAAGAUCAUGGUAAAGUCGAUAUAUCAUUUAUUUUUAGUAAUAAAGAUAAUGUGCGACAAUUUAACCUGAGUAGAAAAUCUUCAGAAACUUUGGAUACGUUAUGUACUCGUAUUGCUACAAAUGUACAAAAGAUUAUUAAUAAGAAAACAAAGAAUAAAGGCCCUAAUAAAGAACAAGAAAUUGAGGUAAAGAUAUACGAUAAUAAAAAGAAUCCGAUUUCUAAAGAGGCAACUUGUUCUGAACUAUUUUCGUAUCAGGAACCGAUUUUAAAAAUUUCGGACAAUUUUUAUGAUAUUAUUCUUAACGCACCAUGGGUUGUUAAUUUUAAUUUACCCAAAAGUAUAUUAAUGGGGUUUCCAGUUUUUCCGGAAAAUUUUGAAACUCAUCAUACAGAUAUUGAGCUCAGUAUAUUUAAUUGGUACCGAGGUAAGGCAUAUAACGAGAAAGGAAAUGAUGUGAGUGAUAUACAUAUUGAAUGGGAAUUUAUUACAAAUAGCUAUUACUAUACACCAACAAAAGAAGAUGUUGGUAUGAAAUUAAAGCUGGCAUGUACACCAGUAAAUAAAAAUAACAUAGGUCCUAUUGUGGAAAGUGUGACAAAAAAUACUGUGGAAGCUGGGCCUGGUCCUUGUCCCUUUGAAAAUCGACAUGUAUUCACAGUAAAUAAAUUGAAAGAGAAGAGCUUUCGCUGUGUUUCAUAUAACAUUUUAGCAGAUUUAUAUUGUGACUCUGACUUUAGCCGAACAGUUUUACAUCCAUAUUGUCCACCAUAUGCUUUACAUAUUGACUAUAGGAAACAGCUUAUCAUAAAAGAAUUAAAAGGUUACAAUGCUGAUAUAAUUUGUCUACAAGAAGUAGAUUUAAAAGUUUUUAAUAGCAGUUUAAAACCAUUCUUAGGAUGUGAGGGAUUAGAAGGAUUAUUUUAUAAAAAAGGGAAGGCUGUUGCUGAGGGGCUGGCAUGCUUCUAUAGAAAAGACAGAUUUAAGCUUAUAGGGGAAGAAAAUAUAUUUUUAGCAACAGCCUUAAAAACCGAAACAUGUUUAAAAUCAAUUUGGGACGAAAUUAAAGACAAUGCACCAUUAUUGGAGAGAAUAUUGGACAGAUCAACUGUAGCAAGUGCAUCUAUUUUACAAUCAAUAGAAAAUCUAGAUGAAAUUAUUUUAGUUGGCAAUACACAUUUAUAUUUUCAUCCUGAUGCAGAUCAUAUAAGAUUACUUCAGGGUGGUAUUAUUAUAUACUGGUUGGGAGAUUUACAGAAAAAAUUAAGAAAACAGUAUCCAGAAAAAAGGAUCAGUCUCAUAUUAAGUGGUGAUUUUAAUAGUGUUCCAUCCUGCGGCAUUUAUCAACUGUAUACAACAGGUUCAGCUACUAGUAGCUUACCUGACUGGAAAUCAAAUCCAAACGAAGCAGUUACUGGUUUAAGUUUGUCACAAGAAAUUUCUCUGGAUAGUGCCUGUGGAACUCCACAGUACACAAAUUAUACUGAAGGCUUUGCUGAUUGUUUGGAUUAUAUUUUUUACGAAAAGAAUAAUCUGAAAGUAGAGCAGGUUAUACCAUUUCCCAGUAUAGAAGAACUGAAGACACAUACGGCAUUACCCAGCAUCGUUUUCCCAUCAGAUCAUAUUUCUAUUAUAGCAGACUUCCAAUUUAAAUAGAUUAUGAAUAAAUUAAAUUUCAUUUACACAAA